AUUUUAUUAGUUUUAUUUACGAGUAACUUAUUUUUGGGGACAAUAGAGGGGCAAAUAUGACCUGUAGUAGCAUCGUGUCGUUUGCCUUUCUGAAAGGCUAUACUUUUCGCUCCAAAAAGUUUGAAAUGAAGUUCAAAAAAUGAACAGUGCAGCAGAAAAUCUCUGCCUUUCUCUAUUAAGCAACUGCAGAACUCUCCGAAACCUCAAGCAAAUCCACGCCUUCGUUUACAAAUCCGGCCUCGAAACCGACCCAUUAAUCUCCGCAAAAAUCCUACUUAUUUCCGCCGUUCAAAUCUCCGACGCUAUUGAUUACGCUCGCCGUCUCUUCAUCCACAACCCAAACCCAGAUGUGUUCAUGUACAACACCCUCAUCCGAGGUGAAUCCGAGUCAGACUCACCCAAUAACUCCGUCAGCUCGUUCGCUCGCAUGCUACGAGAAUCAUAUUCCCCUCCGGAUAGUUUCUCUUUCGCUUUUGCACUCAAAGCAGCGGCGAAUUUGCGGUGUUUGAAAACUGGGUUUCAGCUGCAUUGUCAAGCUAUGGUUCGUGGACUCGAUACCCAUCUCUUCGUUGGGACUACAUUGGUUAGUAUGUAUGGGGAAUGUGGAUUUGUUGUGUUUGCUCGGAAGGUGUUUGAUGAAAUGAAUGAACCAAAUGUCGUGGCGUGGAAUGCGAUAAUUACAGCAUAUUUUCGUGGGAAUGAUUUGAGUGGUGCAGAUAGACUGUUUGGUUUAAUUCCGUGCAGGGACUUGACUACUUGGAAUGUGAUGCUAGCGGGGCAUACUAAAGCAGGGGAUCUUGAGCGUGCGAAGGGGUUGUUCUUGCGGAUGCCGAGUAGAGAUGAUGUUUCUUGGAGUACUAUGAUUGUUGGAUUUGCUCGUAAUGGAUACUUUGAUGAGGCGCUUCGGGUUUUCAGGGAGUUGGUUGGGAGUGGAAAUAGGUCGAAUGAAGUGAGCUUGACGGGUGUUUUAUCUGCGUGUGCUCAAGCUGGGGCAUUUGAGUUUGGGAAAAUUUUGCAUGCAUUUAUAGAGAAAAUGGGGUUUGCUUGGAUUAGUUCUGUGAACAAUGCACUUUUGGAUACUUAUUCCAAGUGUGGAAAUGUGUUGAUGGCUCGUCUUGUCUUUGAGAGAAUGCCUGGGAAGAAAAGCAUUGUUUCCUGGACUUCUAUGAUUGCAGGGCUUGCAAUGCAAGGAUAUGGUGAAGAGGCGAUAAAACUUUUUCACAAGAUGGAAGAAUCUGGGACCAGACCUGACGAGAUCACUUUUAUUUCGAUCCUUUAUGCAUGUAGUCAUGCUGGUUUACUUGAAAGAGGUCAUGAGAUUUUUAGUAAAAUGACAGGAAUUUAUAACAUUGAACCAACGAUUGAGCAUUAUGGUUGUAUGGUUGAUUUGUAUGGCAGGGCUGGUCA